UACUUUUGCUUUCUUUCAUUCUUUCUUGUACUAUUACAUGUAAUAGUUCUAACAGUUUCUUAAAGUUAAUUUUAUUUUAUAGGUAACUUCAUUGGUUCAUAUGACUAAUGGUAAGGUCUACGAUCCCCUUAUUGGUCAAUGGAUGUCGCCUUUAUGGGAAAAUGUAUUAGGCAGAAUUCCUACACCAACACAUCUCCAUUUAUACAGAUUCAACGGAAAUGAUCCAAUUAAUGUUGAACUCGAUAGGACAAGACCACAAGAUCAUCUUGACUGGUUAAAGAAAAUAGGAAUAAAUUUAAAGAACUUAGCUCCGCAACUUUACCCAGACGAAUUACCAGGUGGACAGAUGCCUCCUUUCCUAUCACAUCCUCCGACAUUUUGGAAUCCGUCCAAGACUGGUCUUAGUAGUAAAUUAAACUCCCAGCCGUCUUCCGUUGAAAUUCAUUCUGGAUUUUUAGCCCAUCUGAAUCUAAGGAAAAUGUUGACAGCAAGGGAAUUAUCAGUAUUUUCUAAAUCUGCUCUUAAAACAAACGUUAUUGACUUAGUGCCGAAGAAAAUCGGAUCAGCGUCUGAUCCACCCUUCGGACGAGGUAUUUUAGUAUCUCAAACUGAAUCAGGACAAGCUAUUGUAUCGAGUGUUCCUGCUGCAAAUGCCAUUUAUAGAGAUGUCUAUACCUCUGUUUUCAACAGAUCUUUUAUGUUACCUUUUACCUUUAUCGUUCAUAACGCACAACAGGAUGCAUUCCAUUUUGUUAAGGAUGAGACGUGGAAGGCCAACGAUGACAAAGGUCAGUUAAAACGUCUUCAAGGUCAAGUAAAUACAACAUUCCAUGAAAUUGCCAAGGAGAACGGCAGUGGUACCAACUACUUCGACGUAAAAAUCCAUGGAUCUAACGUAGUUAUUAAUCUACGUUACGGCACAACUAUAGAAAAAGAAAAACAAAGACUGCUCCAUCAUGCCAAACUCUCAGUUAUCAGAAAAGCUUGGCAUAAGGAAAAAGAAUGCUACAAAAAUGGUUUUACCGGUAGCGUUGAUUGGAGUGUUAGUGAGUUAGAAGAACUUUCAAAAGUUGGUUACGUCAGUAAUUAUGAGGGGGAAUAUAUUCACGAUGUACAGCAAUACCCAGAACUUGCGGAAGACCCGUACAACGUUAAAUUCGUAAAGAAACAAGUAGAGUCUACAAAGAAACGAAGAAGGAAAAGAGAGUUAAGAAAGACCUGCCAAGAUCGCUGGUGGUUCACCUUCGCAGAAGUAUGCUAG